AUGGACCCCCCACCCCCACCCUGCAGCUGCACUCACUUCCCUUUCUCUGAAGAAAGGGGGUUUGUUAAGUACGAGCAUAUAAGCCAUGACCAAAUUAAGGCUGGGGACCCUCUUGGCAAGAAGGAGGAGCUGCUAAAACACCUGAAGGUGGAGCUAUCUCAGCUGCGGCAUGUAGCCAAAGUGACAGGCAGCACAACUUUCAAGCUUUCGAAGAUCCGAGUUGUUGGCAAGUCUAUCACCCAUGUUCUUACCAUCAUUAACCAGACUCAGAAAGAAAGCCUCAGGAAAUUCUACAAGGGAAAGAAGUACAAGCCCCUGGAUCUACGGCCCAAGAAAACAUGUGCCAUGCGCCUCCAUCUCAACAAGCAUGAAGAGAAUCUGAAGACCAAGAAGCAGCAGCAGAAGGAGCAGCUAUACCCCCUGCAGAAGUACACAGUCAAGGCCUGAGCAUCUUCGAGUCAAUAAAGCACAAACUGG